AUGGACGGCUUCAACCAGGAUCAAAUCUUGGACAUCUGGGUUCACAUCGAAUGGGAGGAGCGCAAGGCCUGCGGCGAGUCCGUCGAAGAAGAUCAGCUCAGACCAGUACUGGCUCAAGCAUGGCUCACCUUCCCGGACGAUAUCAAGCGGGAGCUUACGGUAGCCUUGGUCGCCUUUCUCGAAGCUCAAGAAGCGGUUCCAGCAGUUCAGCACAACAUAGAUGCGACGACGUCGUACCCGAAGCUCCAGACUGAUGAGGACGGCCGGCCACGAUAUGAUCAUCGCCCGGACGUGCGCGAGAUGCCAUCCUUCGCUGCUUACGUGGAAAGCACAAGAAGAAAAUGCGAGGUGGAGCAGACUCGCUUCACUGCGACCGAAGCCUUGAGACAAGUCUUCUUAGAGCAGGCGGAAGGGCUGAAUGUUCUGCAAGAGAGCGUGGCGUGGACGAGACUCCUCAGUUCUCGGCUUGACACAUCUCUGAGAACCUGCCGAAGCUUACUUGACAACCUGCAGGAGCAGUUGCCGCGGCAUGAAGCUGCGCUGAAGAGAUGGCUCGCUUUCAAACGGAGGGAAGCGGCCUUGUCUAGAGCGUGGGUCGGGAGCUGGAUGCUGGGUCGUGGCGGCUACGGAAGCGCCAACCUAUGGGUUCAGCUUGACGCCAAUGGAAACAUUUGCGAUCGUGUCCUUAUCAAAGAUUGCGACUUCAGCGGAGACGGGGAGGAGUUUUGGAGAGACACUGGUGACAGCUGGAGUGCGCAUCCUCGGGAUCCUACAGGCCGGUUGCUGGUUCCAAACGAAGUACUUGCCAUGUACAAUCUUCGCGGUCGAAUCGGCUCGGAGAACAUUGUAUAUCUUCGCAACUGGAACCUGCAUGCUGAAAGGAGAACGACAAGGUUGUAUCUCGAGUUCUGUCCCUUUGGCACAUUGAGUGAGCUCACAGAGACAAGAGCGCAGCCGGGGGAGGGGCGGAUUUGGCUAGAGGAGCCAUUGAUCUGGCAUGCGUUCGAGAGUCUGGCAGUUGCUGGGAAGCUAAUGGACGCUGGUGAGCUCCAAGACAAUCCCAUGUCCAUCUGGAAGAAUAUUCUUCACCUGGACUACAAGACGUCCAAUGUACUCUUAGGUGCGAACUCCGGAAAACUGUACCAAGGAUAUCCUGGCAUAAAGCUGGCGGACUUCGGCCUUUCUCUGUUCCAGGAUCGCCAAGACAAGCGGACGAAUCAAGACUACCCUCAGCGUGGCACGCCAGGUAACCGGGCACCGGAGCAGGUCAGAGAUUGGAAGAACGACGCCGACAGGCCACUGAUCGGGCGAACCACAAAUGUCUGGGGCGUGGGUAUAGUGGUAUGGAGCCUUAUCGAGUUGAGGCAAGGUGACGACAACCUGGCGUAUGAUGGACCGCAGAACGCCGAUGGCCUAGCACAUCCUGGCGAGCCUAGAGAGCCGGCAUUCAGCAUUCCUGUGAGGACGACGUACUCUAGGGAAUUGCUAGAACUCGUGUCAAGUUGCGUGCGGUUCCGGCCCGAGGACCGACCAAGCUUCGACGUUGUUCUGAGAUCCAUUCAGCGAUACACCGAUGGUAGCAGAGAGUUCAAGCGUGACCAGGGCUUGCGGGAAACGGCCAAGGACGAUCCACGGUUUGGUUCCUGGAACCCGUCAGGUUCGCCGCCGGAGGAUCUGUGGGCGCGAGGAACGCAGCUUUCGAGAGAGGACGGUCCAGAUCCGCCCUCAGGGCUUCCAAGAAUGCCGCAAGCGACUGUCGGCGAGAUCGACGGCGAUGAGGUCCCCGGCGGAGAACCCGGCAGAGGAGCUACUAUUCAGGAGAUAACAAGAACCGGGGCAUUGCAAGAUCCAGGAUCACAGUUGCCGCAGCGGAACGAUCCAGCGCUCCCACUUCAAGACGGACCUGCUAACAUGCAGCCAAACGGUCCAGCUCGAGGCGCGGUUACAGGUCAGGCUCCGACCCCAGCUCGAGGCGAGGCGGCUCCUGGCGGCGGCCUAGGUCAAGCUCCAGGUGCGGGACCAGCUCCAGGCGCGCUGCGCGAAUGUCAUAAUACGAUGGAGCAUACGCCACCCUUCCUGGCAGCCAUCGAUCUCUCGAGCUAUACCAACGCAUCGCAGAUACAGUCCGUAAAAGAACUCGCAUAUACCGGAGCUCUGUUCGCAGCAGUGUCGCCUCAGUCGAUUGACACCGCGCUCGCACUUCUCAAAGACACCGUGGGUCGAUACUCUGUUCACCUGGAUGUCUCUACGCUGCAAUCGGAGCAGGACAUUGUAGACCUUCUCGACGCUGGUGCCGCCAAAGCCUUCGUGUCAAGCGGACAAGUACCUGCAUUGCAGCAAGUGCCGAACUUAGACGGCAGUCGCAUAGUCUAUCACCCAACUGUCUCUGCCGACCAAGCAGAGUCCCAACUGCAGGGGACUGGCUACGGCUUGCAUCUCCACAAUGUCCAGAGUGUCCAAGCCGCGACUCAGGUUCUACAAGCACUGGGCAAGCAGAGGCCCACUGUAUAUGUUUCCAAGGAAGGAAUGACCGAGGCGGAAGCUGUCGAGUUAUGCAGACAGGACGUCGUGCCUAUUUUACCUUCGAAGCAACUUACUCUUACCGCCGAACAGUCUACCGAUCAGAUAAGAGUCGCUUCCUUACUGCUUGCGCAGGUGAAGAGUGAUCGGCCGGACGGACUCUUCACGACGCUUGUAACGGACGAGCGAGGCAUCGCUCUGGGGCUAGUGUACAGCAACGAGGAGAGCGUAGCAGAGAGCUUGCGGUCCGGACGAGGUGUGUACUGGAGUCGGAAGCGUGGUUUAUGGCGCAAGGGCGACACGAGCGGAGACUGGCAAGAGCUUGUUCGCAUAGACAGAGACUGCGACAAUGACUGUCUGCUCUUUGUCGUAAGGCAGCAAGGGCAUGGGUUCUGCCACCUGCAGACAGCGACGUGCUUCGGUCAGUACAGAGGGUUGACAAAGCUGCAGAAGACGCUACAGAGUCGGAAACGAUCGGCACCGGAGGGUUCGUAUACUGCGCGGUUGUUCAACGACAGCAAGAUGCUGAAUGCGAAGAUCAUGGAGGAGGCGUCUGAGCUUUGCGAAGCACAGAGUAAGGAGGAUGUUGCGGCUGAAGCAGCAGAUGUCCUCUACUUUGCGCUCACAAAGGCAACCGCGGCGGGUGUUACGCUAGAAGAUAUCGAACGUAAUCUAGAUGGCAAAAGUGUCAAAGUGAAAAGAAGAAAAGGUGACGCCAAGGGCCCGUAUGCCGAGAAGUUUGGCGUCACCAAUGGCACAGCACCCCACGUCAACGGCGACGCGAAGACGGAGAUGCUACGAGAAGCUGAGUCCAAGCCAAAGAGCAAAGACGACCCUGCUGGUCUCAACAAGGAAGGCAGAAUUCAAAUGCGGCGCUUCGACGUGGCGAAAGAGUCGCCCGAAAGCAUUCAGGAAGCUCUCAAACGGCCCUCCCAGCGCUCAACGGAGAAGAUCAUGGGUAUCGUCAACCCCAUCAUCAAAGACGUGCAACAACGCGGCGACAAGGCAUUAUUGGAGUAUACGCACAAGUUCGAGAAAGCGACCUCGCUCACCUCACCCGUUCUAAAAGCGCCGUUUCCUGAAAGCCUAAUGCAACUCCCACCGGAAACGAUCGAAGCCAUCGAUGUCAGUUUCGAGAAUAUCCGCAAAUUCCACGCUGCGCAGAAGGAGGAGCGCCCGCUGGAGGUCGAGACUAUGCCUGGCGUGGUAUGCUCACGAUUCGUACGGCCCAUCGAACGAGUUGGUCUUUACGUACCAGGCGGUACCGCUGUCCUCCCAUCCACUGCAAUGAUGCUUGGCGUACCGGCUAUGGUGGCCGGAUGUAAGACGAUCGUGCUUGCUUCGCCACCACGCGCAGACGGAAGCCUGACGCCCGAGAUCGUAUAUGUCGCUCACAAGGUCGGCGCGGAAAGCAUCGUGCUGGCAGGUGGUGCGCAAGCUGUUGCCGCGAUGGCGUACGGGACGGAGAAUGUGAGCAAAGUCGACAAAAUCCUAGGGCCCGGCAAUCAAUUCGUCACAGCGGCCAAGAUGGUCGUGUCGAACGAUACGACCGCGAACGUCAGCAUUGAUAUGCCCGCCGGCCCGUCGGAAGUGCUGGUCAUUGCGGACAAGACCGCGAAUCCUGCUUUUGUUGCUUCCGACCUACUAUCUCAGGCUGAGCACGGCGUGGACAGUCAAGUUGUCUGCAUCCCCGUUGAUCUCAGUGACGAGCAGGUACAAGCAAUCGAAAAUGAGCUGCACAAGCAAGCGAUGGCUCUUCCACGAGUGGACCUCGUUCGGGGUGCCAUCGAGCACUCAGUCACGCUGAUCGUCAAGACGCUUGAAGAGGCCAUGGCACUCUCGAAUGCUUACGCUCCGGAACAUCUUAUCCUGCAAGUCGCCGACCCGGUUGCCGCACGGGAUAGGGUGCAGAAUGCAGGCUCCGUCUUUUGUGGUCAGUGGACGCCGGAGUCGGUUGGUGACUACUCUGCGGGUGUCAAUCAUAGUUUGCCCACGUAUGGUUAUGCGAGACAAUACUCUGGUGUCAACCUGGGCAGCUAUGUCAAGCAUAUUACGAGCUCGAAUCUGACGGCGGAGGGUUUGAGGAAUGUUGGAGGUGCGGUAAUGCAGUUGGCGAAGGUUGAGGAGUUGGAGGCGCAUCGGAGGGCGGUGGAGAUAAGGCUAGACUAUAUGAAAAGGGAGGGCCUGACAAGUUAGGCAAUGAGAAACGUUGCACUUAAUUGGUAGCGAGCGCUUAUAGUUACCAACUGCCUCGAAACGGUUGACCUGAUGUGAUCGGAAGCAUGAGAUAGAAGAUGAGAGGGUAUCACAAGCUUCCACGCCCAACCAGCUAUCUAGACGCGCGCCAUACGUGACAUAAAUUUCCAACGGUUAUGCAACCGACUGCUCAACGCGAUCAGGCACCUCCGGCCGCACAUCCAUGACCGCGCGUACAAGAUCCUCGACAACUUUCGGUCCCGUCUUCUCGCCUAUCUGCUUGAUCUCGUCGAGCUGCUUCUGCGUGUCCUUAUCUGCCUGCUCCUCCGCGGCCUUGUUGCCUGAGCUGUGCUAUAAUCGGAGUCAGUACGUACACACACACUCCCCGUCCGUGCGUUGCUUCUGCAAGUGGGAGGCAUACCUCCUUCUCGAAGGCCUUAAACUCCGCCUCCUUCUGCUUGCGGUAGUCCUCAAUCUCCUUCUGCGCUUCGGAACGGG